UGAGCUUAAACAACCACAAAACGAACUAAAGGAAUUUAAUGAUAAAAAUACGCAGUCUGCCAAAAAAUUAUGGAAUAAUAAGCUAGUAAAUUUAAUAUUAUUAGAUAACUAUGAUAAAUGUGAUGAUAGCACUGUUGCGGAAUUAAUAAUCGAGCUUAAACUAUUUAUGCAUGAUAAUGUGUUAAGAAACUUUGGCCUCACGUAUGACGGAAUUAAUUAUUAUUUUGUGCGUGAAUACACUGACAUGGAUUUACGAGAUUACGUGUAUCUCAAUCAACUGAGUUCUAAAGGUACUCUUCUAAGCUGGUACGAUAAGUUAAUACUAACACGUCAAAUAAUCGAAGGUUUACGAUAUCUUCAUGAUCAAGACGUUGUACCCUUAGAGCUGGGAAAACGCAUCUGUCCUCAGAAACCACCGAUGAUUCAUUUGCCGAAUGUUGAACAAGAAAGAGUGAAAAAUAAAACCAACCCGUGGGAGAAAGAUAAAAUUACAUUUUUAAUUUCUGAAGAACUGUUAAAUGUUUCAGAAAUUGCAGUUGCCAAU